GGAGAACAGAUUUUGUCCAUAGGAAAAAACAACAUGCCAGGAACUUGACUAAACAUAAACGAAGAUGGCGGACCCAGCGGUGGUGGGGAGUAAUUCUUUAGGAACGGGAAUGCGAUCGGGAGGGAGUAAGACGACGUCGAAUCCUGCGGAGAAUUAUUACCUGGCUCGCCGGCGCACCCUGCAGGUUGUGGUGAGCUCCUUGCUGACGGAAUGCGGGUUCGACAGCGCGGAAAAGUCCGCCGUGGAGUCCCUGACAGAGAUGAUCCAGAGCUACAUCUCCGAGGUGGGGCGCAGUGCGAAGGGCUACUGUGAGCACACGGCCAGGAUCACCCCCACGCUGUCCGACGUGGUGCUCGCGCUCAUAGAGAUGGGCUUCAAUGUGGACAGCCUGCCCGUUUAUGCGAAGAGGUCCCAGAGGAUGGUUAUUACAGCGCCCCCUGUGACCAACGCGCCCGUCGCCCCCAAAGCCCUGACUGCGGGACAGAAACGGACACACCCCUCGCACAUCCCCAGCCACUUCCCAGAAUUCCCUGACCCCCACACCUACAUCAAAACCCCGACGUUCCGGGAGCCCGUGUCGGAUUACCAGGUGGUGCGGGAGAAGGCGGCGUCCCAGCGGCGGGACGUGGAGCGGGCUCUCACCCGCUUCAUGGCCAAAACCGGAGAGACGCAGAGCCUGUUCAAGGACGACGUCACCGCCUUCCCCCUGAUCGCAGCGAGACCAAGCUCUAUCCCGUACCUGAACGCUCUGCUGCCGUCAGAGCUGGAGCUGCAGACCCUGGAGGAGACGGACUCCUCAGAGCAGGACGACCAGACGGACAAUGAGAACGCCUCCGGCAACAUCAUCAGCGAUGAUUCCGGAGCGGACAAGGAGAACUCUGUGCUGCCCCCUGGUGGAGUGGUGCCCACAGCGAAGGCCAACGAGGAGAACAUGAUCGACAACCCUUACCUGCGGCCAGUCAAGAAGCCCAAAGUCAGGCGGAAGAAGUGAGCGCCUAGCGGACGCUAACGGACUCUCUCUCUCUCCGUCGCUCUCCCCCACAAACAAACACACACACAGACACACAAAAAAACGCAGGAGCACACCAGCAGGAAGAGCCAGUGUGUGAGACGCGCGUCGUCGUGAAGGAGCCGCGGACGCACGGACAGGAGAGUGGACGCGCGGACGCAGGAGAGGAGAAACAGGCCGAUUGGGCGCCUGGCCUCGUCUGUGGAGAGACAGUGUGGUCUUCGACCUUCAGCGUUUGACCUGAAGCUACCCGUCUUUCACUCCAGUGCUGUCGAACACACAGGACUUAAACCAUCAACGCAUAUUUCUUUAGUGCUGAAAGCAUGUACAGACUUUGUUUUUACUUUGUUUUUUUUGUCAUUAUGAAUAUAAAUGGUCCUUAAUUGAGAUUUUAUUUUUUGUGUAUAAGUAAGCUUCUCUCUCUUUGAGUGAACUGCAAACAGUUCCUGUUUGGGCCGUUUGGAACAUUUGUUUGGUGACAAACGCGAGCUGUUCCUGCCAACGAACGAAUUGCCGAGAAAAUUGGAGGCCUUCAUUAAAGGUGCACUCGUCAAAAAUA